AAGUCAAACCUCCGCAUAGAGUUUUGCUCCAUUUACAAAUCCGCGAACCCAAAAAAUUAUUUUAAAAAAAAAAAAAAAUGGAGAAAAAACAGACAGAAAUCGAAGAAGCCUCCGGCGGAUCUCAGCUGCCGAACCCGAACCCGAAUCCGAAAACCGUUAGGACGGAGGUUCCUCAGGUGGAAAUCCACCUUUACUGGCGGGGCAAAGGUCCGAUCGACGUGUUCAAGUCGGACCUUGGGGGUUGGGAACAGGACCAGUUGGAUGUCCGGAAUAUUCUCGACAAGUACGGCUUCAAAUCUGUGUUCGCCUUUAAACCGGGUUCGGGCCGUAGCGGUCCGAUCCGGUUUCAUCCGAGGAACGGCAGGUCUAUUUUUCCGUACAAAAAUGGAUCCGUAAUCUACAUCGACGGAGAGCCCAAGGAUUCCUUGAUCAAACCAGUGACCAAGAUCUUGUUAGGGGUAGCAGUAAUAACCAUUUUGAUAGCAUUGGUGCUAAAGGAAGCACCGGAAUGGAUUGAAAAAUUAUAUGUUUUUUUUGGAAACUUCCCCCCAUGGAUCCUUGCUUUGGUAGUUGUUGUUUUCACUCGUAUGAGAAAGAGAACGAGGGACUUGCUGAAAAGGUAUGGUUGGUAAAUAGAUACCACUAAGCCUUUUUUGUAGGACUACACGUUUUACACAUUUUAUUUCUUGAUCAUUGACGAGAUGUCCGAAGCUAUCCUUUCAGAUUUGAUUAGUCAUUUUCAACCAUAUAUAUCUCAACGUGUAUCUCUUCUCUUGUAUAAUGACUACAUUGGUGGGAACAGUUUUCUCUUAAUAACUUCAUAUACACAUCAGAAGUUGAGCUAUACUCAAAACUACAUGCAGGUUGUGUAAUAUUUAACUGCUAGUGUAGUCACUGCUUUUGAAUUUCUUACUUGGCAAAAGAGAAGUGACUGUUUAUCUCGAGUUUAUUUA